CUUUGACAGCAUAUAGUUUUAUUAUUAUAUUUAUUUUGAUGUUUGAGCAUUUCCAAUACACAACGUCGGAAAGAAAAACAAUUUUGGUAGAAGCAGUUAACAAAUUUUUAAAUAACGUUAGAUCCUAAACGGUUCAAGAAUGGGCAACGUAAUAGCAUCCACCGCAGACGUGGAGUCCUCUCGUGGGCGUGUUCAUGUCUCCGCCGGGCUACGCUCGCCGGAGGCAACGGAGUAUUCCGCCGGAAUGCCGCCACAGAUGGUGGAAGCUUUAAGGACAGAAGUUGGAAUGAGUGAAUUGGCCAAUCCCGGAACAGUUGAGGAGCUGCACAGUCGCUGUCGUGACAUCCAGGCCAACACCUUCGAAGGCGCCAAAAUCAUGUUGAACAAGGGUUUGAGUAACCACUUCCAAGUGACCCACACCAUCAAUAUGAAUUCGGCUGGUCCAAGUGGCUAUCGUUUUGGAGCUACUUACGUGGGCACCAAGCAGUACGGGCCAAAUGAGGCCUUUCCGGUUCUUCUUGGUGAGAUCGAUCCGAUGGGCAAUCUUAAUGCAAACGUUAUCCAUCAACUGACGUCUCGUCUGAGGUGCAAGUUUGCCUCGCAGUUUCAGGACUCAAAGUUGGUGGCCACACAGCUCACGGGAGACUAUCGCGGCAGAGAUUACACAGUAUCCCUGACAAUGGGAAACCCGGGCCUCCUAACGGGUUCCGGAGUAAUUGUGUGCCAGUACUUGCAGUCUGUUACCAACAGACUGGCUCUAGGAUCGGAGUUGGCCUACCAGUACGGGGCGAAUUUGCCCGGACGUCAAGUGGCUGUAUUAUCAGCGGUUGGACGCUAUGCGGUCGGUGAUUCCGUGUGGUCUUGCACAUUGGGACCUGCCGGCUUCCACCUUAGUUACUACCAGAAAGCCAGUGAUCAGCUACAGAUCGGAGUCGAGGUGGAAACAAAUCUUCGUCAGCGAGAGUCGACGGCCACGGUGGCAUACCAGGUUGAUCUUCCCAAGGCAGACCUAGUCUUCCGCGGCAGUCUCGAUUCAAAUUGGCACAUUUCCGGAGUCCUUGAGAAAAGACUUCAGCCGCUACCGUUUUCGUUGGCCAUUAGCGGUCGUAUGAAUCACAUAAAAAAUAGCUUUCGGCUGGGAUGCGGCCUCAUGAUAGGAUGAAUCAAAUUUAUUCGAUAGUAAUACAGCGGAAGCACGAAAGGCGUGCCAAUUACGUGGACCGGUCAUUGUUUUUUUUGUUUCAAAUAGGAAAUAGAAGUAUGUUCUAUUAACAUUAAAUAGAUCAAGAUUGCUGUAAACAAUUUAAAAAAAAAACCCUCGUACUUAUUAUUUAAGGCUAUGCAAUUUAAAACGGUUCGGUCAAAAGUAGUUGAUUUCAAAAUUUAAAGUGGCAAUU